UGAAUGACAUAGGUGAUUUGAGCCGGCCUAGCACACUCAGCAAACAGGCAGCAAACCAGCCAAGCCCGGGACACGGACACUGCCCGCGUCCGGGCGAACGGGCCGGGCCGGCCGGGUCACAGGACGCGGCUCUCCUCGCACGAGCGGGCGGAGGAACAACAGCCCGGCGAACGCUCUUCUCGCAGGAGCACAGCAAGGCGGGACGGGACGGUCGAGUGCAGGGCUUCCCCGGCCGCCCGGCUCAGUGGGUGGCCCGAGUGGCACCGCCCAAGCCGCCCGAGCACCGCCCCGCCGAGCCGCUGCGGCUGCCGGGCACUCGCGCCGAGAUGGCUGCGCUGAGGGCGACGCGGCAAAUGCUUCAAACCAUCACAGGGCAUGGAUGGAGGUCCUAUUCUAGUAAACCUGCGCAAAACUUACAUGUAGGCAAACCUGGAGCUGGCUUUAGCUUUGAACUUACUGAUGAACAGAAAGAGUUUCAAGCUACUGCUCGUAAAUUUGCUGUGGAGGAAAUUAUUCCUGUUGCUGCACAAUAUGACAAAACUGGAGAGUAUCCUGUUCCACUUAUAAAGCGGGCUUGGGAGCUUGGUCUUAUGAAUUCACACAUACCGGAAAGCUGUGGUGGCCUUGGCCUUGGCAGUUUUGAAGCGUGCCUUAUUACAGAAGAGUUAGCUUACGGAUGUACAGGGGUUCAAACUGCCAUUGAAGCGAACUCCCUAGGGCAAAUGCCAGUCAUCAUUGCAGGAAAUGAGCAUCAGCAGAAAAAAUACUUAGGAAGAAUGACAGAGGAACCAAUGAUGUGUGCUUACUGUGUAACAGAGCCUGGAGCAGGCUCUGAUGUGGCUGGUAUAAAAACAAAAGCUGAGAAGAAAGGAGAUGAAUACGUUAUUAAUGGUCAGAAGAUGUGGAUCACAAAUGGGGGGAAAGCAAACUGGUAUUUUUUGCUAGCACGUACCAAUCCAGAUCCAAAAACUCCGGCAAGCAAGGCCUUUACUGGAUUCAUUGUGGAAGCAGAUAGCCCAGGGAUCCAAAUUGGAAGAAAGGAAAUGAAUAUGGGUCAACGCUGCUCAGAUACAAGAGGCAUUGUCUUUGAAGAUGUGAGAGUCCCAAAAGAAAAUGUAUUGAUAGCUGAAGGAGCUGGCUUUAAAAUCGCAAUGGGAGCUUUUGAUAAGACCAGACCACCCGUAGCAGCCGGUGCUGUUGGAUUAGCAAAAAGAGCCCUUGAUGAAGCUACUAGAUACGCUUUGGAGAGAAAAACCUUUGGGAAACCAAUUGUAGAACAUCAAGCAGUGUCAUUCUUGCUUGCUGAAAUGGCAAUGAAAGUUGAACUCGCUAGGAUGGCUUACCAGAGAGCUGCAUGGGAAGUUGAUGCCGGUCGCAGGAAUACCUACUACGCUUCCAUUGCGAAGGCAUUUGCUGGUGACAUUGCAAACCAAGUAGCUGCAGAUGCAGUACAGAUUUUUGGAGGAAAUGGAUUUAAUACUGAAUAUCCUGUAGAAAAACUAAUGAGGGAUGCUAAAAUCUACCAGAUUUAUGAGGGAACUGCCCAGAUUCAAAGGAUGAUCAUAGCUCGUGAACACAUUGGCAAAUUUAAGGCUUAAAAUAUGUAUAAAGUGCCUCCUGCGCUGCUGUAGUGGUCUGUGUUCUUAUGGAAAAAGAUUUUAGUGUGUUUCUCAAUAGAAUUAAAAAGGGAUGAAGAAAAUAAUUCCUUCAAAAUACUUUUAUUCGGUUCAUUAUCAAGCACCAAUUCUGUUCUCACUAUAAAAUAAGAUAAUCAGAAUGUAAUUUUUGACAGUCAAUGCUGCAUUUUAAUAAAAUAUUUUUAAGAGAA